UACAUCUGUCAGACAUCUUGUAUUCUCUCUAUUAAAUCUUGGGGGUGUAAGGGAUAGUUUGAAAUUCUGCGUGUCUCUCUUAAUAAGCAAUUGAUAAUGGAUAUGUCAAAUCUCGUUCGAUUGAGCCCUAAAAAGUCCAAAGCAUAAAAAUGAAAUGGCCAGAAUAGAUCUUUUCUGGAUUGCUACCUCUGAAGUGGGAAAAUCACACUCGGGCUUGUUCAUUAUUAACUCUUUGGCGCAAUUGGCCCAAUGAGCUGUUCCACAAUAUAUUUGCACAAUAUAUGCAUGCUUUAAUAAUUGUUAAUGAAGCCGUAUUGGGCUUGGCUUGGGCGGCACCUAGACAGUCACUUUCUCAGGAACAUGCACUUUUCCAGAGAAACCUGUGCAUGGGGCGUGUGCGCCUACAUGUGGGCAUCCGGUGUGACAUUGUGAUGAUUUGAGUCAUGGCACGUGGUGUUUGAAACGUCAGUGUUGUUAAUGUGGAGUGUUAUUUCCACUAUAUAAUUCAACACUGAAUGACUAGAAAAAAAAAACACCACAGAGACCUUGAGCCCUCAGGUUUCCCUAAUACGAAUAUAAGCUCCGCUGUGUUGGAAGCGGCCCCUGCUUAAUUCACUGUUGGCAUCCGUCAUGGCUGAUGAUGGUGUCUGUUUCGGCUUGCAAAUCACAACUGAACUGGUCGGAAAAAACCUUGUCCUGUUCUGGCUCUCUGAACAUGCGCAUUUUUUGCAAAGUGAACCAAAUGACGGCGCGUCCCCACCAGCGCCUCGCGGUAAAGUGCAUCGCAUGGCUCAAAUUCCACCCGUGACUGUCCUAGUUGAACGCUUGUUUGAAAAGAAAAAAAAAAGGAGGACGUGGCAGGUGAACAGUUUGCCUCUGUUUGACCGUUGUGGGCAGGAUAAAUAGGGACGGCAGCUGGAGGUGGUUGUCAGCGGGGAGGUGGUGCAUGCCUGCAAUUCCUUCAGUCACUCGCGAGUCACCGCAGUCGAACCAUGGACCGCUUGCAACAGACGACACGCAACACAGGCGGCCGUCACCUUGGCCGCUGCCAACUAAAGCUGGUCGACUUCGAGGUCCACGAAAACCACGCGCUCCACGAGACGCGGGGGCUCAGCGAAAGACACCUGGUGGUGCGACGGGGGAAGCCGUUCAAGCUCACCCUGCUCUUCCGCGGCCGCUCGUGGGAUCCUCACAGCGAGCGGCUGCUCCUGCAGGUCUGCCUAGGCAGCCUGACAGAGAUGAUCCCGGUCCAGACCUACGACAAGAGGCUCAACCCCCACAAGUGGUCGGCCCAAGUCUACACGGGACCCUCAGGCCAAACGGCGCAUCCCGAGUCGGUCACCGUCCACAUCUGCUCCCCCGUUUUAUCCUCGGUGGCCGCGUACAACCUCCUGGUGCACAUAGGGACCCGGCGGCGCAGAAGGAGCUACGCGGCGGGAUCGUUCGUGCUGCUCUGCAACCCCUGGCUGAAAGAUGAUCCAGUGUACAUGCCAAGCGAUGGGCAAAUAGAAGAGUAUGUCAAGAGCGACUACGGGUUGGUGUUCAUGGGCACCAAUCAAAAUGUCCAUCAGCGUCCCUGGUCGUUUGGUCAGUAUGAGCCUGGGGUCCUGGAGGCAUGUCUGAAGCUCCUGGAGGUCAGCCCCCAGCACUUGAGUGACAAAAACAGAGACUACACUCAUCGAGCAGACCCCGUCUACAUCAGCAGGGUGAUCUGUGCAAUGGUGAACUGUAACGAUGACCUGGGUAUCCUGCUGGGGAAGUGGCAGGGCAGCUACGAAGACGGUGUCAGGCCUACGGAGUGGAGCGGCAGCGCUGACAUCCUUCGCCGCUGGGUCUCGAACAACUUUAGCCCUGUGCGCUAUGGACAGUGCUGGGUCUUCGCGUCUGUCCUCUGCACAGUGAUGAGAGUGCUGGGGAUUCCCUCCAGGGUGGUGACAGUAUUUAACGCAGCCCAUGACGGCAAUGCCAGCCUGACAAUCGAGGAGUUCUACUCGAGCACGGGGGAGAAGCUCAACAUAUCGAAGGACAGCAUUUGGAACUUCCAUGUGUGGGUGGAGUGCUGGAUGCAAAGACCGGACCUUGGUGCAAGGUUUGAUGGCUGGCAGGUGGUGGACCCAACCCCCCAAGAGAAGAGUGCUGGGAUAUACUGCUGCGGCCCUUGCCCAGUGGCUGCUGUUCAGCAACGCUGCCUCAGUGCCCCAUUCGACACCUCGUUCCUCUUCGCCUCCGUCAACGCUGAGGUCAUAAGGUUCAUUGUGCGCAACAGACUGGUGGUGGGGAGGACGGUGGACACCAAGUGCGUGGGCCAGCUGAUCUACACCAAGAACAUUGGCUCGGACACCCCCGAGGAUCUGACGCUCAAUUAUAAGAGACAGAAAAAGGGAGAAGCAAGGACACAGCGGCUGGUGUACAGGUCCGGAGCACUGGCUGGAACAGCAGUGUACAGGUCCGGAGCACUGGCUGGAACAGCAGCGCAGCGUGUGUCACCGAUAGAGUUGGAGCCUUUCUCAGCGUCAUCUCCUGGAGAAGAUUUGCCUGGUCUGGAGGUGUCCCUAAACAUAAACGGGAAGCCGUCAGUGGGUGAGAGCGUUGGCGUGUGUGUCACGGUCACCAAUCGCUCGAGCCGCCCCAGGGUCCUGGAGGAACACGUCAACGCUCAGGUCAAAGAUUACAACAGUAGCCCACAGGAGAGCUUCUGGACAUUACACCAAGAGGUGCACAUACAGCCGCAUGGAGCUUUGACCCUCCAGCACACCCUCCCCUCGUCCGAGUACGAGUCGGCGCUGGCAGCGGACAACAUUGUGAGCCUGGCGGUGGUGAUAAAGGACGUGCAGACCCAAGAAAGAGUCCUGGAGACUCAGGAGUUCAACAUAACCUCGCCGCAGAUAACCAUAGAGAUCGAAGGAGGGGACAGCAUCCGGGCGAAGAAGGAGCAAACGGCCCGGGUGUCCUUCACCAACACGCUGACCAAAGCCCUGAAUGGAGCCGUGCUGACCGUGGAGGGAUCUGGCCUGCUGAGCGGCAGACACCAGGCCCAGCUGGAUCAUCUAAAGCCGGGGGAGAAGAUUGAGAAGACGGUGUCCAUCAAGGCCACUUCGCCCGGCACCAAAGUGCUGAUGGCCUCGUUGGGGCACGGUAACGGCCACACCGUCGUCUCCAGGUGCUUCCGCAAAGUCUCUGUGGUGUCUGCGUCGUAGGGAGCAGCCCGAUUCAUGAAUCGACCCUACAGUACAGUUUGUUGGGCCUACGAAUGUCAAAAAGGUACGCUUUCUUACUUUUCUAUGAUGCCUUGUGUUUUCCUGUGCCAGUUUAUUUGUCCUCUUCUCAGUAAUAAUACGCCGCGGCACCCUCUCUCUCCAGCCUGGAAUGAUCUAGCAGCAACGAUUGUAUACAUACGACCCGUUUUGUGCUAAAUGCUAAUGUGUUUGUACCAGUAGGGCAGUAAGUAAUCAAUAGAGACAAAAUGCACAAAAGAGGUUAUGUGAAUGAUGCGAUGCAGCGCCGACGUCGGCUCACUUUUGAUGUUAAGCAGUAUUUGUGAUCAGUUGCCGAGGAAUCAGGGAGAGAUUUAUGUGUGCGUCUCUUUUUUAAAUACAGAUGGGAUAAACUCUGGUCAAUGGUUAUUCGGGGCAUUCUGUAUAGUCAGAAGGCUGAUUUUAUUUUUGUUUUGUUUUUAGUUCUGGUGUCUGGUGCGGAGGAUUUGUGUCCUGUACCUGAAAAAAUGCUUUCAUUAUUGUCGUGGAUUUUACAAAUGUACUUUUCUUUAACUUUUUUUGCUCCGUCACUUGAUGAGAACUGUGAAAGGAGGCCGAAGGCUCUAAAAGAAGUAAAGGGACAUCACGAUCACAAAACUUCCAUACUCAACCUAAAGAGUAAUCUCUGGUUGACACUUUUUUCCCCUUUGGACUCAUCCAAAUGUGAUUCAGAAGAGGUGUGAAAGGUAGCAGAUGCCCUGAUUGUUCAUUUUUUUUAAAGAAAACACACACUGUAUAUUGUACAACUGGUGUUAUCUAAUCUAAUAAUUUAAAAAAAGGAAAACUGUCAGGUACCCAAACAUGGUGGAAAUAUAUACACUUUUUAAAUGACCUAUGAAUAAAAUGUAAUGAAUGAGUCACGA